AUGAAGUCUACUCAUGCAGAGUCGAUAUCCCUAGACGUGGCGUGGCAUGUCUUCAAUCACAGCGAGCUCCAUGACCAGUCCGUAUUCGCACAAUGCUCGCGCACUUGGCAUUCGUUCUUCAACCCCAAACUCUACAGAAACGAUGUGAAAACGGGAAAAUACUCCGCCGUUUUCAACACCAUUGCCAACUGUAGAGAUACACGGGUGGCCCUCGCCACGCUCCGGCAUACCUGCCGAGCCGGCGCUGACUACAACAGACCGGCCACCAUGUAUAUGACCGAGAGCCAUCGAUAUAGCCCUUUCCUCGUUACGGCCCUGUAUCUGGCCGCUUCAAAAGGCUAUGCUGACAUUGUGUCGUUUCUCCUUGACCACGGUGCCGAUAUCGAUGGGGUUCCGGACUGCCGGCUACGUACUCCCGUCUUCCUUUCUCUUCUCAGCGGAGACGCCCAAACGUCCAUGAUUCUCCUUCGGCGCGGCGCACGGCUUGAGUCUUCCGAGUUCGGCAUCAACGCCCUCCAUCAAGCCGCCGCCGCCGGGCUCACCGAAGUGAUCACGUACCUUGUCGACGAGAAAGGGAUGGAAGUGAACGAGGCCGACAACAACGGGGACACGCCACUGAUUCACUCCCUG